UGUUUUGUAGCUUCAGGCUCUUGGGUGCGCGCCUCGCCUGAGUGUCCCAUCCCUGCUUGGGGAUGCACCCCACCCUGCGGCUCACUUAGAGCUUCCACCGGAACAAUCCGUCUAAGCGCUUCUGCCUCAUCUCUGGUCCUGGGCGACAUUGGACACCCAUCGAGAGGAAAACACCUCCGAGAUUCCUAGAGAGGCCGGCCUGGCGACUUGGGGAGCCGGAAGCCCAUCCCGAGGCACUUCCUGUCCGGUCAUUGUUCUUGUGCCGGUAGGAGCUGAAGUCCCGGUACGCCAGACUCCUGCUGCAGAGCGAGUUAACUCAGGUCGGGCCUGUCAGUUGCGCACGGACAUUUGGAAGCGAUGGAAAAUGUAAAAAUCAAACAAGAAAAUGAAAAGAACCUUAAAACUACCUGUAAUUACACCACCCAGAGAUAACUACCUCUCCUAACGUGUUGGUAUAAAGAUUCCCAGUCUUCUUGGGAUCGUUUUGUUCACAUUAUUUUGUAUCCUUGGCAAUAAAAAAUCUUUUUGUUGUAAGAUCUUAUUUUAAAAAUGUUAUGAUAAUUGUGAAAAUAUGUAUCCCCAUAGUCAAAAACAAGAAUUUAUAAAAUCAUAAUUAUUGGUAGUAUGGUUGGAGAUUUUCCUUUGAAAGAAAUAUUUUAAAUCUUAAAAUGUGUAGUGGUUAUCUCUUUGGAGGUAGACUGAGAUUCUUUUUUUAAAUCAUUUUCUGCAUUUUUAAAGAUUUUACAAUAAAAGUAUGUUAACUUUUAAUCAGGAAAAUCAUCAAUAAACAUUAUAUAAGGCUGUUUGCAAUGUGGUUAUUAUGGGAAGAAAUUACAUAUUUACAGUCCAACUCCUUCAUCCUAUGAGGGAGGAAUAGAGGAAUCCAUGUCCUACAGUGGCCCCUGGCCAGGCACUGGUGAAAUUUGCUGGUGUGCUAAGUGGCAUCCAGGCAAAUUUCUCCUUGGUGCUAACAAUGUUUUCUGAUUUCUCAGUAGACAAUACUCACCUUGGCCCUGGGAAGACACUCAGGAAGAAGCUUUUGAAACAUAAAGCUUAGAUGGGGUUUGGCCUCAGCUGGGCAGCUCCCAGCUACAGGAAUUCCCCUGCUGAGCAGAGAAGAUGACUGCAGAAUUGAGAGAAGCCAUGGCCGUACCCCCAUGGGGCCCAGUGAAGGUGAAAAAGGAAGAGGAAGAAGAAGAAAACUUCCCAGGUCAGGCAUCCAGCCAACAAGUGCACUCUGAGAACAUUGAAGUCUGGGCCCCAGGGAAGGGUCUUCAAACAGGACUUGAUGGAUCAGAAGAGGAAGAAAAGGGUCAGAACAUACUCUGGGACAUGGCGGUAGUCCUGAAAGCAACUCAGGAGGCACCUGCUGCUUCACCCCUUGGCAGCUACUCAUUACCGGGGACUCUGGCCAAGAGUGAGAUACUGGAGACUCAUGGGACCAUGAGCUUUCUAGGUGCUGAAACCAAGAACUUACAGUUACUGGUUCCAAAAACUGAGAUAUGUGAGGAAGCUGAAAAACCCCUCAUAAUAUCAGGAAGAAUCCAGAAAGCUGAUCCUCAAGGACCUGAGUUAGGAGAAGCUUGCGAAAAAGGCAGCAUGUUAAAGAGACAGAGAAUAAAGAGGGAAAAGAAAGAUUUCAGACAAGUGAUAGUGAAUGACUGUCACUUGCCUAAAAGCUGCAAAGAAGAGGAAGAUCAGAAAUGUAAGAAAUCUGGGGGGAAAUACAGCCUUAAUUCUGGAACUGUUAAAAAUCCAAAAACCCAGCUUGGGCAAAAGCCUUUUACGUGUGGCGUGUGUGGGAAAGGAUUUAGUCAGAGUGCAAACCUCGUUGUGCAUCAGCGAAUCCACACUGGGGAGAAACCCUUUGAAUGUCAUGAGUGUGGGAAAGCCUUUAUUCAGAGUGCAAAUCUUGUUGUGCAUCAGAGAAUCCACACUGGACAGAAACCUUAUGUUUGCUCAAAAUGUGGAAAAGCCUUCACUCAGAGUUCAAAUCUGACUGUACAUCAAAAAAUUCACUCCUUAGAAAAAACUUUUAAGUGCAGUGAAUGCGAGAAAGCCUUUAGUUAUAGCUCCCAACUUGCUCGGCACCAGAAAGUCCACAUUACAGAAAAAUGCUAUGAAUGUAAUGAGUGUGGGAAAACAUUUACUAGGAGCUCAAACCUCAUUGUCCACCAGAGGAUCCACACUGGAGAGAAGCCCUUUGCCUGUAACGAUUGUGGCAAAGCCUUUACCCAGAGUGCAAAUCUUAUCGUACAUCAGCGAAGCCAUACUGGUGAGAAGCCAUAUGAAUGUAAAGAGUGUGGGAAAGCCUUUAGUUGUUUUUCACACCUUAUUGUGCACCAGAGAAUUCACACUGCAGAGAAACCUUACGACUGCAGCGAAUGUGGGAAAGCCUUUAGUCAGCUCUCUUGCCUUAUUGUCCACCAGAGAAUUCACAGUGGAGAUCUUCCUUACGUGUGUAAUGAAUGUGGGAAGGCCUUCACAUGUAGCUCAUACCUACUUAUUCAUCAGAGAAUCCAUAAUGGAGAAAAACCUUACACGUGUAAUGAAUGUGGGAAGGCCUUCAGACAGAGGUCAAGCCUCACGGUGCACCAGAGAACCCACACUGGGGAGAAGCCCUAUGAAUGUGAGAAGUGUGGUGCAGCUUUCAUUUCUAACUCACACCUCAUGCGACACCACAGAACCCAUCUUGUUGAAUAACAAGGAAGAAAGAGGAAGACCUCUAGCAUUGGUUAUAACCUUCUGCAUCCCAAAUGAGACACCUCUUGCUGUUUCUUCCUCCUCUAUAAAAGUGAGGCCUGUGUCCUUAAAAGUUACAGUUUUCAGGAAUGCAGCACAAAACACAAGAUAAGCAUUUCAGAGGCUAAUUUAAAGAAAACAAAAGUAAGCACCUGGACUUUAACUGUACCUUAAGCAGUCAUAUUUUCUGAAAUGGAAUGUGGCUUUCUUAGGAAUGGGUCAUACAAAGCUAAGUGGUAAUGAUGCUGUUUGGGGAAGGUCUUUUUUGCCUAAUUUUGUUUUUUAAAACUCUGAUUGUUGCUUGAGCAACAGGCAGGUUAUUUGCCUGUUUGAAUUCUGGUUGACCUGUGUGUUGGUAUUUUUGGUUAAGCGGUGACUAGGUAAGGAAACUACUUGGGGUAGCAAUUCAGCAAUUUAUUUAUGAACGUUUUUAAGUUUCCCAUUUCCUAGGUAAUUUUUAAAAAGCCAGUCAAAAAAAAACUGUCUACUGUACCUAAAAUGGACAGAAAAAGGAAAUGGCCUUUUUCCUUACUGUCUAUACCUCCUGAACCUUGGUGUUGUAAAGCUCUGGGGACCUCUGAGUCUGUUCUGACCACUUCCUAGUCUGCAUGGAUUGAUGGACACCACACACCAGCUAUAUAUUUGCUAAGAUCGACAGCUCCUUCUCCAAACUACUCAAACCCCUAAUUCCCAUCGCAUUCCAUUUGGGUGAGAUGCAACUAACAGCCCCCUUCCUGGAUAAAGGAGUCAAAGAAUAAAGCUUGCCUAGAGGCAUG